AUGAACUUCUUGCUAAAGAAUCUUUCCAAUUUCCCCAAAGUCAGUUAUAACCUCGAUUCACUAAACAAAUUAUUGACAAAUGAACCCAAUAAUCCCAAAUUUUUAAGAGUCCGUGGGGAAAUCUAUCAGAGGAUGGGAAAAUACGAAGAAUCCCUUGCCGAUUUAAACAAAUCCUUGGAAAUCGAGCCAGAUAAUUCCGAAGCGUUAGAGGUCCGAGGAAGAACAUAUUUUAUGAUGGGAAGAUAUGAAGAAUAUAACAUAGACACGAAUAGAUCUUUGGAAAUUAAUAUCACCAGUGCAUUCUCAAUGGAAUCGAGGAGAAGUUUGGAUUUAGGGCAACCCCCUAAAUUUGAACUCAAUGAUUUUAAGCGACGCGAAAAAAUUCGUAGGCGAAAAAGUUCAUUUGUCACCUCCGAUAUGCAACCCUUACUGUCAGCCUCCCGGGAGGAGGGGCAUGACUUAUUAUGGAAAAGUUUCAGAAACUGUUGA